CAGAUAAAUUGGAGGGAGGCGAGCUGGCUGUGAUAGUAGGGUUUGUGCUGCUGUGGGUGGAGGAGCUUGUGACUGCCUGGGUUUGUGUACUGCCAUGGAGCCUCAGCUGGCAGCCAAGACCGUUGGCAUCUCCGUGCGCUGCCGGGCCUCGCACCCUCCAACCCUGCAGAUGGUCAAGGAGGCACUGCGGGCCCACGACGAGAAGAAGGGUGCCUCUGUCGUUGCCAUCAAGCGUUUUAUCCUGGCCAAGUACCCCACUGUGGACCCCAUCCGCCUCAAGUACCUGCUGAAGCAGGCGCUGAUCAAGGGGCUGAGCUGCGGGGACCUGGUGCGGCCCCACAACUCCUCUGCUGUGGGGGCCACUGGCACCUUCAAGCUAGCACGCAAGAAACCAGGGCACAAGCAGCAGCUGGGCCAGGCAGGUCCUGACAGAGGCCAGGCCCCAAAGCCAGGACAGAAAGGGAGCACCAAGGAUUCCCAGGCCCCCGUGGCAGGAGCACGACCACGAGGUGCCACCAAGCAGCAGCCCAAGGUGAAGCCCGUGAAGGCCCAGCCACGAGCAGCAGAGAAGCCCAGGAGCAAUAGAGCAAAGGAUCCCCAAACUGCUGACCAGCCCCAGGCUCAUGGCCCCGGGCCUUCAGGGCUCCCCAAGGCUGCUGCCCACCGCCAGGCCCCCCGAAAAGGACGCUCAGGACCCAGCACAGCUCGGGAUGCUCAGAAUGCAGGGGAGAGCGACAGCUCUUCUAGUGCUGGGGCAGAGGCAAAGGCCCCCAGGGGAAAGGGCAAGGGGAAGGUGCCCAAGGGGGCACAGCAGGAGGGCCCCAAGGCACAGGGAGGUCAAAAUAAGGUGAAGAAACCCCGGGCGACUGCAGGAGCUGGGCAGGGGAAGGCCAGGGUGAAGAAGGCAGCCCCCGUGGCAGCAGACACAAAGGCUCCUUAGGGAGCUUAGCCCUGCUUCAGUGGGUCCCAGGCCCUUGGGGUCUGUGCUGUUUUCAGUCCCCAGGCAAGGUUUUAACUCUGUGUUCACAUUAUCCUAAUAAAGCUUCUUUACUUGGCACAUGGAA